GUGACACUCUGUGUAUAGUUUCCCAAGUUAUUACCUAUCUGGUGUAUAUAAAGACGCUGACAGCGACUUGAUUCUCAUAACAAGACCUUUCUGCCGAAUCUCGCACGGUGUCGACAUAUUACAACGACCAGAUAACAAUAUGGACAUCAAAACAGUCCUGUGUGCCAUUGCUGUUCUCGCCGCAGUUGAAGCGAGUUCGUUUAUAGAACCGGUUCCAAGAUGCUUGUUGUUUUGCCUCAAUGGUAUGGUCCCCGGAGAGUGUAAGUGUAACACGUGGCCCAGCCUUGGUGGCAGCCUGCUGGACAACCCCAGCGACAGGACACACCCCAAAGUCUCACCACGCUGCUUGUUCACGCGAUGUGGAAAGAAUUCCCGGUGCGUGGAGCGCUAUGGAAGAACUGUGUGUGUUCCUGCAUUCCACACAUACGGUGGUGUCCGCCCUACACGCAGACCCGUCAUGGUUGAUGACAAUUGCAGUCUUCCGAUGGUGAUCGGACGUUGUCGGGCUGCCUUCCGUCGCUACUUCUUCAACCCUGCCAGCGGCCAGUGUGAGCAGUUUCUAUACGGCGGCUGUGGUGGCAACGCCAACAACUUCAAAACUCUGCAAGAGUGCCAUCGCGUGUGUCGGCGUGUUCAACAGCCUGUAUAUUGAGAACAAUUCCUGGUCAGUUAGCUCCAUGCAGUUACAGUGCUGUUAAUUCUAUCAUUAGGCUCAAGAAUAUGACAUCAAUACCUCAGGCUAUAUUAACAUAGAAACCUGUAACAGGUAACCUCCCAUCGGUGAAAGUAGGUGUAGACUUCUGUACCAAACACAACCGGAUUUACACUGUUUACUUAUUUAAUUGAUAUUCUUCAUUAAUAUGUACAUCUGAAUGGCACAGAUAGAGGAAUUAAUCACACAAAAACAUGCCUACAUGUUUAGGCCAAGUGUUACAUAAGUCUUCCAGUCGUUCAAGUUUGACUUGAUGAGUUCAUUGUAUGUUGUUACACAUUUCACUGGUACUCGUAAACAUAUAACACCAUUAACGUUAGGUGUACAUCUUUAUCAUAGCGAUUUACCUUAUUGAUAUUAGGUCUAAUUAGGUAGACUGGAGCAUAAUAUAAUUUGGAACACCUUAAAAAGUUUUCAGCUAGUAAACACUGGUUGUCAAACAAGCAAGGAUUGUACAUGUGUAAUACGGACGCUGUUGAGAUAUUUGGUAGACAUAUUGGACAUGUCCUAAAGUCCAUGUAAGAAAUCCACCACCAUCAUUUACUGGUAUUCCUUAUUCCUCUUAUCCCUCAUCUGAUUCCAAUACAAAUAUUUUACAACACGAAAGUAAAAAAGGCUUCUACUAUGUGUCGGGUCUUACAGAAAAAUGCUCAUUAGGGUUUGGGUCAUUAACUGAGGAACUAAGGUAUGCGUAUUUGUGAUAUGUACGAAUGUGUAUAUUUCUGGACGAAAUUGGCUUUUUGAACGAUUUACACAAUAUGUAAUAAAUGAUUUUUAUACUGCAA